AUGGCCACUCUCACUAUGACUCCUACUCGUCAGCCUUUGGGCUGUUUGGAUAUGCCAUUGAUGCGAUCGAAGCUCAAUCGUCAGAACCAACAAAAUGGUACCAUGUCUAUGAAGUCCACCCCAAUGAAGAGUUCCAUGAAGAGCUCUAUCUUCAUUGAGACAGAUUCAGAGAACAUCAAUCCAGCCAGCUUCUCUACAAAACGCAAGCGUACUCUCGAAGACGAGGAGGACAGCGCGUCCAAGCCCAUCAAAACAUCCCGCAUGGCUCUUUCCACACGCAUCAACAUCUCCCCCCGUCUCUCGACCCCCUCGAAGAUCUCCAUUACAACCCCCAAAUCAGCUCCCAUCCUCAAACCUGCCGGUCGCUCCCCACCACCAAAGUCAAGCAAGUCGGCUACUCGUCGCUCACUCAUCGCCAAGCCCCGCUCAGAGCUAUAUACCAAGCGCGGCGUUGCUCGCCCUUUCUCUCUUGCCUCCGCUCUCGCCCAAUCCACAACUCCCAAGCCUAGACCUGCCCCUAAGGCCCCGACCCCGGCCUCGUGGUGCUUCGAUAUCCACGUCGACACCGAGCAGGAGGAAAUGACCAACCUGAUGCAUCACUCUACUACUGUCUUGGAUAUCAGCGACGACGAGGGCAAGUCCGACCCACCCUGCACCCGUGGCAAGGAGAACAUCCCCCCUCACGAACUGGGCAUCGAACUCCCUGCCGCUCGCCAAUCCGCUGCCGCUAUCCCCGCCGUCGCUCGCAAGGCACCAAAGAUGGAUGAGCCCCGUGCCCCGCUCGGUGAGCUCAACGCUACUGAAUACUACGCCGAGGGCUGCAAUGCCUUCUCAUACACAAUCGUCUAUGACGAUGAACCAGAGUUCAAGAAGCCUUCUUCGCCUCUUGCGCAGAGCCAGCAGACCACCAUCACAGACUCCAUCGCUUCUGUCUUGGAUGUCACUUCCAACGCUGCUGAUCCCCAGCACGAGGGCUCAUCUGACAACACCAAGUCUGCUCUCUGA